CCAAAACAAAAGCACCACUGAAAGGCUACACCAUACAAUUAGUUUAACAUGUCCAAUUUCACAUCUCCCGAGAUUGUUCUUAAGUUGUUAGACAAAUAUGGUACCGGUUUCCGCGAACAAAACGAUGAAUUUUUCACCGAUGGUAAUUUCUACAUCAAAAAGUUCGUCAAAUUAGGAGUUCUAAGCGACAUCGAAAAAUGCGCUCCCAAACAGCCAGAAGAAACCGUAAUUACCUGUAACGUUCCGGAAUGCCGGUACAGCAGCAGCUCAGUGCAAGACUACGAGUGUCACUACAAUUCGUUGCACAGAUACUCAUGCGGUGAGUGCAAAAAGACACUUCCAAAUGCCCAUCUGCUCGAUCUUCACCUGUUGGAAACGCAUGAUUCCUAUUUUGCCGCACAGGUUCAAACCGGGAAGCGACCAAUGUACUCGUGUUAUCUCGAUGGGUGUGAUCACAAAAGCCGAGAUCCCGCUGAGCGACGAGACCACUGCAUCAAGGAACACAAGUUUCCUCACAAUUUCCGGUUUGAUAAACAAGUCACGCCAGCACAGAAACAGCCCAAAGUUGGCUCCUCUCCAAACUCGAAAUCGGCUUCAGCCGAGAUGGAGGUGGAACCCGUUGAACCCAAUCAAGCUGCUGCGGCUCCGAAAUGCUUCAAUUUCAACUUUGGUCACUCAAAAACAAAAUCGUUCAAAUCCAGCAAAGCUUCGAAAAAGACAGAUGUGUUCGAGAGCAAUAAAAUGGUUGUGGAUUUACUGGAAAGCCUUCCCGAAGUGUGAUAAUACGAAAUGUUAGAUAUUUGUUGAAUAAUUUAUUGUAUAAUAAAUACGUAAAAUAAAUAUUAUAAAAUAUAUAAA